AUGGAGGGAACCACUACAGCAGCUUCCGGUAACUUUGACGAAUGGCUAUUCCCAGAGAACAACGCCAGGAUGGGGUCUUUCGGAGAGUACGACGGAGCGAAGCCAUUGGAGGGCAAUGGGUGGGAUCUGGACGCCACGCGUAACAGCGUUGUGUCGUCGACGAGCUCGUCGUCUGCCGGAUCGCCGUUGGACCAGUUUACGUCGCUUUUCGACGCAAACGCGAUGCUCACGCAGGGCUCGGACUCCGAGACGCUGUUCACAGCGAGCAAUACGGUGUCGCUGUCCAACUCGCCGACGAUCGUCAAGCAGGAGGACGUGGAGGCCAAGUUUAUGCCCGGCCUCGACCAGUUCCCACUGGCCAUCGACAUCCCACCUGCCGCUUCGGCAGGCAAGGACGCGGCUUCCGCGGCGUCCGCCCCCUCGGCUUCCCGCGCCGUUGCCGACGACGCGGCGUCAGAGUCGCAGGCUCAGGCAGCCCGCAAGAAACGUGCGCCCAGGAAGCGCCUCACGGCACAUCAGAAACAGGCUCACAACAAAAUCGAGAAGCGAUACCGCAUCAAUAUCAAUACCAAAAUCGCCAAACUCCAGCAGAUCAUUCCUUGGGUAGCCAGCGAGGAAACCGCUUUUGAGGUUGGUGAGUCGCUCAGACCAAAGCCCGCGUCCGCCGCAGCAUUGGAAGGCGCCGCCGCCGCGGCCCCAAAGCUCAACAAGAGCAUGAUUUUGGAAAAAGCAGUUGACUACAUUCUCUAUCUUCAAAAUAAUGAGCGUCUUUACGAACUCGAAGUACAAAGACUAAAGAAGGAGCUGGAGUCUCUCAGAAGCACGUCAGGCAGCGCUGCCAGCAGCGCAGCCAGUAGCAGCAGCAGCAGCAAUUAA